AUGGCCGUCGAUAUUUCUGUAGACAGCAGCGAGUUCUCGUCGCGGCUCGCUGGCGUGGAACGGCAGCGCGACUUCUUGCUGGAGCAAGUGGAGCGCUUGGACAAGGAGCUCAAGGACACUCUGGAAUCCCUCACAAAGGCCGAACAGCAGCAUCACACAAGAAUGAAGGACCUGCAUGCGCAGAUGCAGAGUGCGCGUGAAGCGCUGGCGAAGAAGGAGGCGGAGGUGACGGCCAAGGAUCAGCAGCGACUGGCGGAGUCGCACAAGCACAAGCGGCGGGAGCUUGAGCUGGAGGGCGAGCUCAAGACAACAGCCGCAACCGUGAAGCGACUGCGCUCCAAGCUGCGCACGAUUGAGGAGCAACGUGCUGGGGCGGGCGUGUCACCAGCACAGGCGACAGCAACAUCGUCAUCGUCCUCGUCGUCCUUAUCGCCGGCGCUGGUGUCGAAGGAUGCCGUAGGUGAACAGCAGCGACAGGAGCAGCGGAUCAAGGAGCUUGAGCGCCGGCUGGCGGUGGCGGUGGAGGAGAAGGAAGACGCCGAGAAGCACCACUCUGGACAGCACCUGCGCACCAUCCGCAGACUGCAGGAUGAAGUCAGGCAGCUCAAGCAGGGACGCGAGAGUGCUGCGCUGUACAAAGAAAAGCUGGCAAGUGCGCAGAAGCAGCUGCAACGCAAGACGGAGCAGCUGGCCAAUCUCGAAACGCAAACACACGACUACGACGACCUGAAGGCGUUUCACACGACAUGGCGCAAGAUCGCCCCGUUUGUCAGGCGUUUCCUGUUUUCGGAUGACGUGAGCGAAGAUCAAGUCCUGGAGUCGCUCCGCACCAUGCAAUCCGACCUCCUGCUGUGUCGCAACCGCGCACAACAGUUUGAACUUGAGUCCAAGGCGCUGCAGCAGAAGCUAUCGAGUGCACACGCGCAGCUGGAACAGGCGCAUACAAAGGAAUCGGAGAUGAAGGCUUCGGUGUCUGCGCUUGAGAGCCGGGCAGCGGCGCUGGAGCGGCAGUGCCAGUACCUGCGGUCUGAGCGAGACAAGGUGCAGGACCUGAGCAUGAAGAUGGUGGAACACCAAGAGAGCUUUUCCAAGGCCACCGCGGAGCAGAAGGUGUCAAAGCACCUCAAGGAGUACCAGGAGCACCACAAGAAGCUCGAAGCGGAGAUGCUGCGACUGCAGGGAACCCUGGCGGAGCGCGAGAAGGAGCUUGAGCGCCUGAAACGCGAGCGCGACAGCGCAAUGAACACGGAUGCUGACGAACCAGCAACAGCAGCCGGAGAAACUGUUGAUCCGCGCCGUACGAAAAUCCUGCACCUCAAGUCAAACCCCAUCGCAUGGGCGGAGGAAGCGCGCAAGACGGAGAUCUCGCGGUUGAAGCAGGAGCGCGACCACCUGCGUGAACAGCUCGCAAAGGGUGCAGCAUCGACAGCAGGUGCCUUGUUGGUCUCACGGAGCAAGGGGUCUGUUGUGGAUCCAAAACUGCAGGAUCGCGUGAAAGAGCUCGAGCGCGAAGUGGAACAGCGCGAUAUUCGCCUCAAGCGCCUCAAAGAGGUGUUCAACAACAACGUGCGCGAGUUCCGCGAAGCGUGCUACGAGCUGCUGGGCUACCAGAUUGACGUGGUACAAGCCUCAAGGUACCGGCUGCACUCGAUGUACGCGGAGUCCGCCGAUGACUAUCUCCUCUUUGCUUCGUCUCCGCAAGGGCUGCAACUCCUUGAAACGCAAUUCUCCGCAUCGCUGGAUGAGCGCAUUCUUGCGAAUCUGCACCGUUUCCACUCCAUUCCCGCCUUUCUCUCCGCAAUCACAGUUGACCUCUUCAGCAAAUCCACAAUGGCUUGA